AUGGCCAAGGUUAAAGUCCAAGUAGACCUCACCAAAACUAGACCUCGACACGUUUGGAUAGGCUUGGAUGAGGAGGACCUCACCAGAGGGAGAUGGCAACCAAUCAAAUAUGAAAAUAUCCCUCCCUACUGUGCCUACUGCAAGCAUCAAGGUCAUAUGAUAGGCGAUUGCAAUUUCAAAAUAAGAGAUGAAGACCUCAAACGUAGAAAAGAAUUAGGUGCAGAGAUGAAAAAUAUAAGUAAGAGUGAACAGGGGCAGCAAGGAAAUGAGCAUAGACAAGUCAGGACAAUGGAGCAAGAGGAACAACAACAUCGAAACACCAAAGAAGGGAACACACCUGAACAGCAAAAGGAAGAAGAAUGGCAAGUGUCAAGAAGAAAAAACAACAAACCACAAGAGGAGAAAACACAGAAGGCAGUGUGGAGACCUACCUCACCAAAGAACAAAGUGCCAAGAGAUCAACCACAGCUCACAACUCAGCAAAAAGGUAUACAUAAUACUUCUAAUCAUAAUCUUUUUUCUAACCUUAGCAUGCAGGAAAAACAGUCUCAAGAUACUCAGGGACACAACAGCAAUGAAGGGAAAGCAACACAAGAUUCGCAAAGCAAGUCGAAAGCAUACCACAACCAAAAAGAACAAAUCUUGCAAACAGAAAUCCAAGCAAAUAACAAGAACACAGGUAUUGACUCAAUGCUCCCAAUUCCCACAAACCCCAAUAUUUUAAUUUCUAAUGGUGAUGUUGAAGUUGAAGGAGGGAUGGAAGGGGGAUGUCAGGAGAGCCACACUAACCUGCAGGAAAAGGGGUCCAAAGGGGGGAAUUUGUCUCAUGUUAUGCAUGAGGGUACACACCUUGACCAUAGUCCUGACCUUAGAGCCCUUGCUGCCACUACUGUCCAGCUUCACCAACAGACACAUCAACAGGUACAGUCAGGGCCAAGGAAUCUGAUUAGUACUGAAAAUAAUAAAGAAAAGCAGCAAGUAAGGGCAGGAACUGCAGAUAAACAGAACAAAGGAGCCAUGGCAAAAGAUAUGGGAACCAAAUCAAGCACUAGCAACCAAGGAAAUGCUCCCAAAAGCAAGAACAAACCCAGUAAGUAA